AUGUUUAUUUUUCAAUCCAUAUUCUUUAUUUCACUUCUAUUAUUAACAAAUGCUCAAUGGUAUAUUAAAAAACAUUAUCAAUCACAAUUUAUGAAUUAUCCAAAUCCAGGUAAAAGAAGUUCAUCUGAUGAACAAUCAUUUUUUAUUAAAACUGAUUGUCAAAUACCAUAUUCUCAACUACAUUCAUAUCAACAAAUAGCUACAUGGAUUUUAAUGUGUGGUUCUAAAAAAUUAUCAUUGAUAAAUAAUGAAGAUUCAAAUAGCUUUGAAUUUGAAUUAUCUUCUACACCAAAAUCGAUUCUACACAGAAAAAAAUCUCCAAAUAUCAUACUACCGUAUUAUGAAGAGUAUGACAAUUCAUUCAAUAAGUAUUUAAUGGAACGUCGACGACAUAUUAUGAGAAAUAAAUAG